GUCGGCUAGUCGGCCAGUCCCCACCAAAUCCUCCAUCGAUCCAACCAAUCCCUCGCCGCCAAAUGCCGCCACGGGCUGCCUAGGGUUCCGGCGGCCGCCGCCCCCUCGCCGGCGCGAUGGGGAACACCUGCGUGGGCCCCAGCACCCCCUCGGACCGCCACAGCUUCUUCAACACCGUCUCCCUCGCCGUGCUCUGGCGCCCCCCGGCCGCCGCCGCCGCCGCCGCCCGCGCCGAGCCUUCCCCGACCACUGAACCCAGCUCCUCCACUCCCUCCAGGGCACCUGACCCCGUCACCAUCUCCGACUCCGAGCACCCGCCACACUCCACCUCCACCUCCACCGCCUCAGUCCCGGCCGCAGCGCCGCCCAAUCCUAACGGCAAGCCCAAGCCCAAGGUGAAGCGCGUGCAGAGCGCGGGCCUGCUCGCGGGCUCCGUGCUGAGGCGCGACUCCGAGCGGCUCAAGGACCUGUACACCCUGGGCAAGAAGCUCGGGCAGGGGCAGUUCGGCACCACCUACCAGUGCGUCGAGAAGGCCACGGGGAAGCACUUCGCCUGCAAGUCCAUCGCCAAGCGGAAGCUCGUCAACGAGGAGGACGUUGAGGACGUGCGCCGCGAGAUCCAGAUCAUGCACCACCUGUCCGGCCACCCCAACGUCGUGUCCAUCGUCGGAGCCUACGAGGACGCCGUCGCCGUGCACCUCGUCAUGGAGCUGUGCGCCGGAGGGGAGCUGUUCGAUAGGAUCAUACAGCGCGGGCACUACUCUGAGAAAGCAGCCGCACAGUUGGCCCGGGUGAUCAUUGGGGCUGUAGAAGCAUGCCAUUCGCUCGGGGUGAUGCACAGAGACCUCAAGCCAGAGAAUUUCUUGUUUGUCAACCAAAAGGAGGAUGCGCCUUUAAAGGCUAUCGAUUUCGGGCUUUCCAUCUUCUUCAAACCAGGUGAAAUAUUUUUGGAUGUCGUUGGAAGUCCUUAUUAUGUUGCCCCUGAGGUUCUGAAGAAACACUAUGGCUGUGAGGUGGAUGUGUGGAGUGCCGGUGUAAUAGUUUAUAUCUUAUUGAGCGGGGUUCCUCCAUUUUGGGAUGAAUCUGAACGAGGGAUAUUUGAACAAGUUCUGAAAGGCGAUCUUGAUUUUUCAUCUGAUCCCUGGCCCAGUAUUUCAGAGAGUGCAAAGGAUUUGGUCAGGAAGAUGCUAAACCGUGAUCCCAGAAAGAGAUUGACUGCACAUGAAGCUCUAUGUCAUCCCUGGGUUUGUGUAGAUGGAGUGGCUCCUGACAAACCUCUGGAUUCUGCUGUUUUAACCAGAUUGAAACAGUUUUCUGCAAUGAAUAAACUAAAGAAGAUGGCCCUUAGGGUCAUUGCUGAAAAUUUGUCCGAAGAUGAAAUUGCAGGAUUGAGAGAAAUGUUCAAAAUGCUGGACACUGACAAUAGUGGGCAGAUCACGUUGGAGGAACUAAAAAGUGGUUUGAAGAGAAUUGGUGCUAACUUAAAAGACUCUGAAAUUACAACACUAAUGGAGGCGGCAGAUAUUGAUAACAGUGGUUCCAUUGAUUAUGGAGAGUUCCUAGCUGCAACUUUGCAUCUGAACAAAGUUGAGCGAGAAGAUAACCUCUUUGCAGCAUUCUCAUACUUUGAUAAAGACAGCAGCGGUUACAUAACUCAUGAUGAGCUACAAAAAGCAUGUGAGGAAUUUGGUAUAGAAGAUGCACACCUAGAAGAUAUCAUCCGUGACAUUGAUCAAGACAAUGAUGGCCGGAUCGACUACAAUGAGUUUGUAACAAUGAUGCAGAAGGGAAAUAAUCCACUAGGGAAAAAAGGGCACUACCAGAUGAGCUUUGGUCUUAGAGAAGCAUUGAAGCUUGGCUAAUGGUAUGAUCAAUCCUGUGUAAAGUGCCAUUCAGCUUUAUAUGCCAAACUAUACUUGAGAAAACUAACUUCGAGAAUUUGGGACUCGGGUGCCAAAGGUGGAGCAAAUGUGCGAUAGGAUUAGCUUCGAGGUACCAACUGAGCAAUGAGCACGUUGCAUGCAGGAACUCAAUGGUGAUCUUUUUUUAUAUAUAUAUUUCAAAUGUUCAUCUUCAAAUACGGAGCCUCCUUAACCCACCACCAUGUAUAGGCUUUUUUGAGGUGGGAAAGGAAUGGCGGUUGUGUUUUCCUUGACCUUCUGAAGCUCAGUUGCAGGAUGCUCCUAUAUAGAGAGAAAUGUUAGUCACAUCACAUCGCCUGUGCAUACUGUAUAGCGAAGCUUAACAUGUAAUAUCGGACUAUAUGUGUGUGUGUGUUGUGUUUUUUUUCCUUAUUAGAUAGAUGUGCAGGCAGAGCCUUGUCAUAUAUGUAUUGCAAGAAUAGGCUGGCUAUUAAUAAAUGAUUUUGUGUGUGUGUGUACAUCUCAGUACUUGAUAAGUGUGACUUUAUUCUUUUUAAAAAAA